AUGGCGUCCUCCAUGACGUCGGUGCUCGUCCGAGCAGCGUCCGCGACUCUCGUGGCGCGGCGCAUCACUGACGUUGCGCACCAAGAGGCAAGUGAAGAUGCAGACACUGCAACUGCUGGUUCAGGCUCAGACUCAGGCGGGUCGGACAUGAUGAAGGCCAUCCACUACGGGGCCAUCGUGCUGCUCAUCGUCAUGUCGGCCAUCUCUUCGGGUCUCACGCUGGGCCUCAUGUCACUGGACAAAGUGAGUCUCGACGUGAUCAUCCGCGCUGGGGACCGACCGGGAGCUACCAAGGACGAGAUGAGGAAGGCCAAGGCAGCUCGACGCAUUCUGCCGGUCCGAGUCGACAGCAAUUUGCUGCUCACGACGCUGGUGCUGACGACUGUGGCGGUGAACAGUUUGCUGUCGAUUCUCAUGGCGGACUUGACCAGCGGCCUCGUGGGCUUCAUAGUGUCGACGAUCCUCAUCCUCAUCUGCGGCGAGAUCAUCCCGCAGUCGCUGUGCUCGAGACACGCGCUGUCCAUUGGCUCGGCGCUCGUGCCGGUUGUGCGAGUGCUGAGGGUGAUGCUUUAUAUCUUUGCCAAACCGGUGAGCUUCGUGCUGGACAAGACCGUGGGCGAAGAUGUAGGCACCAUGUUCACCAAGAGAGAGCUGCAGAAGCUGGUGGACAUCCAUGUGAGGCAGAAGAUCAUGCACCCCGAGGAAGGGUAUAUCGUGCGCGGCGCCAUGGGCUACAAGCACAAGGUCGUCAGUGACAUCAUGAUCCCGGCGGAGAAACUCUUCUCGCUUCCGAUAUCCUUCACCACGCUGCAAUGUGUUGAUUUUGUUGCGUGUUGCAUAUCUUGUUGCUGUACGAUACUCAAUCUCGAGACACUCAAGAUGAUCUACAACAACGGAUACAGCCGCAUUCCCGUG